UAACCAAAUAGUGCAUUCCAUUGCAUUUGCAUGAGUGAGACAACCCACACGCAACCAAAAACUGUUGCCAAACGACAAUUUCUACUCUUUCUUUAUCUUUCUCUAUUUGUCUCCACUCUGAUCAUUAUAUACACUUAUAACAUAUAACAUAGAAACUUUCCUUGGUUUCAAACUUCACUUUGAUUUUGGGUAUGUUUGUGUUUUAUAAUCUCAGCUGACUUUGCUUGCUUAGUGAUGUGAUGAUGUUUGUUGUGAUGAUUAUAGGGAUGAAUCAUUUGAGUAGUUGGGUAUGAAAUGGAGGACGAAGAUGAGGAUCUUUCUCUGUGUUUUCAUGAACUAAAAGAAACUUGAUUGAUUGUGAUGAUGAGAGAAGAGAAGGGGCCAAAGCCUUUCAUAGUGAAAUUAGGCUUGGCUUUAGCUCUUUCAUUUGCUGGAUUCAUCUACUCUCACCUCAGAGCUAAAAGGGUCAAACCCAGCAAUAAUACUUCCUCUACUCAGGGGCCUCCUUCAGGUCAAGGGAGUCACACUAAUAUGGGAGAAGGCAUAGGAGCAGCGCUAGGUUCUGUUUCAGAAGGAAAUUAUUCACAUAGUCAGGAAGAUACAUGCAUCAACAGGGUUAUCUGUAACAAUUCAACCAUAGGUAUCUCUCAUAGCAGUAAACAAAAUGAAGAUAAGAAUGAGUUAUUCCUUCCUGACAGAAAGUCUUCAGAGAAAGAUGUAGAAGCAACAGCAUGUGUGAGUCAUGAGAAGGAUGACUAUGAAAAAGAGGUAACAAAGCUCAAAAACAUAAUUUCAAUGCUUCAAGAAAGGGAACAUAGUCUUGAGGUUCAACUUCUUGAGUGCUGUGGUCUUAGAGAGCAACAAAAAUCAGUGAAGGAACUGCAAAAUAGAUUGAAGAUAAGUAAUAUGGAGGCAAAGAUGUUCAGUCUAAAGGUUCAGACCUUACAAUUAGAGAAUCAUAGAUUACAGGAACAGGUGACUGAUCAUGCAAAAGUGGUUGCUGAGCUUGAGGCCACAAAAGCCAAAGUUGAACUAUUGCAGAAGAAACUUAAGCAUGAAGCUGAACAUAAUAGGGAGCAGAUCAUAAUUCUUCAACAUAGAGUUUCCAAAUUGCAAGAACAAGAACAAGAAUGCAAAGCUGUUGAUUGUGAUCAUGAUAUUCAAUUAAAGCUGCAAAAGCUGAAGGAUCUUGAGUCUGAAGUAGAAGUGUUGAGGCAAUCUAAUUUCAGAUUGCGGCUGGAAAAUUCUGAAUUAGCUCAAAGAUUGGAUUCUACACAGAUCCUUGCAAAUGCUGUUCUGGAAGAAGCAGAGGGGGAUACUCGGAAGGAAGAUAUCGAACGCCUUAGACAAGAGAACGAGAGGUUGAUGAAGGAAAUGGAACAACUACAAGCUGAUCGGUGUUCAGAUGUUGAAGAAUUAGUGUAUUUGAGAUGGAUAAAUGCUUGUUUAAGAUAUGAACUAAGGAACUACCAGCCCCAACCUGGUAAGACAGUUGCAAAGGAUUUAAGUAGAAGCUUAAGUCCUACAUCUGAGAAGAAGGCCAAGAAGCUUAUACUUGAAUAUGCAAAUACCAAUGGAGAAGGGAACAUUGUAGAUUUUGAUUUAGACCAGUGGUUCUCCUCCCAAGGUUCUUCUCUUACAGAUUCUGGAGAGUAUGAUGACUCUUCUUCCAUGGAUAAUUCAUCUACUGCCAGAACUAACACCACUGGAAAGACCAAAAUUUUUAGCAAGCUUAGGAGAAUCUUACAUGGCAAAGAUAGUCAGGUUUCAUCACAAGCAAAUUCUGGAGCUCAGAGCCGAAGAAGCGAGUUUACAACUCCCACCGUCACAUCUAGAGCUUCCUUUGAUUUAUCUGUAUUGUCUAGGAUGAAGCAAAGUGAUAGGAGAAACUCAGAUAGCUUUGUCCUGGGAGGCUCAAGUAAAAUCAGUCCAAGGGGAGAAGCUUCUGAUUUGGAGAAAUAUGCAAAAGCUUUAGAAGAUUCUAGUGCGAGCGCUCGACACCAAAGGCGCAGAAGAGCAACAUCAUAUAGUUAGUGAAAAUAGCCUUAAUACACUAUACACUACACAGUUGACUAUGUGUAAUUAGCCUUAAGGACUAGUUUCAGAAUCCAAACCUCUGUAUCAAAUAAGAAUGCAUUUUGUAACAUUGGCAGGCAUUCACCAAUAAUGUUUUAGUUUGUUUCUAUUCUUGCUUAUCUGACAUUAACUAAUAUAUAAGAUCUAACUGUUACUGGAAAAUUUUUUA